GCGAGCCGGGAGAACGGGAGAGAACGUGCGUGUCAGCUCGCGGAAAGAGGGUAGCUAUCUCAGUUGCUCAGCACUCCCACCCCCGUGAUUCCCGUUUGCUCGUUCCCGCCAAAAGAGCGCGAGGGACUCGCAGCGAAAUCGCGGAAAACGCCGGUCGACACCCUCUAUCUUCCUUCUCCUCCUUCUCCUCCUCCUCCUAUUUCCUCCUCCCUCCUCCUGUUUUGCCUCCCCUCCCUCCCCCUUCUUUGUGUCCCCCCGGUGAAACCUGGACGAGGCACUCGGGGAUGAGACGACAGCCGAUUAACGCGUCGGGAUUUAAGACCAGGUGGAAGAUCAAGGGUUGACGCUCGCGGAGACUGGCUGGCAACGUGAUCCUCGAGAUCUAACGGCGCCAGAUCCAUCGCCGUGCAGCAGAUGCAGUUCAGUGGGGCGCAGUUCCGGCGGAUGCAGACGCAGCACCGGAGGAUCCGGUUCGAGUCGAGCGGGGUCGGCUCGAAGGUCUGGCUGGCGGAACGUGGCUGGUCUUGAGUUUCGGGGUACAUUCGGUUCAGCGGUAGCGAUGAUCGGAGCCAAUCUGAGGUUCGGCAUCGGCGCUUCCGGAAAUGUCACGUCCAACACCACCAAGGUGUUCCAGUGUCACCCCGGUGGUGUGACCGAAGCCACCGUCAUAUUUAGUCUGGGCGCGUUGGGGAUGGGGGCGAAUAUUAUCCUCAUGGCGCUGAUACUGAUGAAGCGACAACUGCGCAGGUGGUCUCAGGGACUGUUAUUCCACCAAGCCAUGGUGGACUGCGCGAGGGCGGCUAUAUUGCUGCCCCUGGGCUCCAGUAUAUUGAAUUGUCAGCCCGUUAACAAGUGCUCCCUGGUCGAGACUGCCUUUCUACUGCUGGUGACCGUUUCCACGGUAAAUAUGCUAACGACCGUGCUAAACGACAGCCCGGUAUUCCCGGAGAGCGACGAGGAGGCGGACCUGACCGCUCCCCUGCUGAUGGACUCGCCUCAGUGCGUGCUCUUCGGUACCUUCAUGAUCUGGUUCGCCAGUAUAACGAUCAAUCUGGGACCCACGUUUCUCAGCGGGGCUCUGGCAGCGAACACGGAAAGCGGCCACAACGCGCCCAGCUGUCCGUUGGUGCACGGCCCUUUUCGUCACUACAUACUCAACGUUCUCUGGAUAGUCAUCAACAUCAUUUGCGUGGCGCUCACGCUUUUCCACUUGAGAAAGUUGCACAGAGAUCUGACGAAAGCUAACGUCGAAGCGGUACGAGUAGCUGGUCUCGUUACAACGCUCGUUAACGUGACAGGAGGACAUCAGGGUGCGACGAACGCGCUCGCGAGCGAAGACGGCGCAGUCGACACGAGGAACGGCACGACGCCGAAGAGGAUCGGUGCCAUCGAGGAGCACCGGAAGAUGAGGAAUUAUCUGAGGAGGAUGGAACGCGAGGGCGUGCAGCGAGUGAAAAUGUUCCUGGUCAUAACGGCGGCGUAUGUCAUAUUCUGGGGACCAUUGUUUUUCGUUACCCUGGUGCACCAUCCUGUCAUAGGAAAUCCUACCGGCUACGAGGUGACCCUACACAUCGCGUACGUACACGCCUUCGUGAACCCGGCCUUGUUCCUCGCCCUGCACCGAGGAUUGCGACAGGGGAUGUCGGACGUGUGUUGCGGCUGUUGCGAGAGCAUAGCCCGCUGGAUCCUCGGAUCCGCCGCGAGCAGCCCGAUACAGAACGUCCAACCACCCCGUUACGAGCCGCCGAUGAACCUACCCUCACCGCCGGAUCCACCCCUGGCAGCGCAAGCCGCACCGCCGGGUUGCAAUCUUACCGACGUGGCGCUCCUGAAGCCACCCUUGCCACCGACUGCCAAACACUUACUGGUGGACGACUCCAUCCCGGUGCCCGAUCCGUGGAGCCUCUCCUCGAGACCGAAGAGCACCACCAGUCUCUACGAGGAGGAUCUGUCUAGGAGGCCGAGCAUGUUGCUGCCACCACCGUCGGAGAUGAACGAUCUCCAAAUGAGCCCGACGAGUAGCGACCUGCCGAGCGAAUAAACUUCGAGUGAAGAAUUGGCCGGACGCGCAUUGACGCCCUUGGCCGAAAAAACUAUGAAAAAACUCCAUGACGACCAGUGAAUGACGCGCUAUGAGCAUUCGAUCGAAACAUAUUUCUCGGGAAAAAACCCCCUUCGUGCGAGAUCCUUUCCCGGAACAUUGUUACUACUCCAACCGGACAUUUGUAUCGUCGAUGAGAUCAAUCAAAGUGUGCUAUCGAUACGACGACUGUUUGCGCACUUACGUCGUCGUCCUCUCGAGGACUUUCACGAAGCUUUGAGGGCAGUUUUCAACGACAACGCGAAUAAAUCUCGCGUACGCGAGAUUUAUUUUCCACACGGACGAAAUGAAAGAUCUAUCGCGACGUCGAGAAGCAAGAUUACGUCGAGCUGUUGUGCGGUAAAAUUAAUCGUAGAAAUGCUUAAUAUUUCGUUGUCGAUUUUGGCACGUAUAAGAAAAUAUUGUAGUAAAAAUUACCACAAAAUUUUGUAAUCUUGGACCAUAUAGAAAUCAUGACCAAACUUACUAUUUAAAUUUUCGUUUAAAAAGGUUCUGCACUUUUGACUUUUUGCUACAAGAUUAUUGUCAUUCCCCUUUUUUUUUAUAUCGUGCACAUAUUCAGUAGAGCGUCAAAUUUAUUAUUUCUAUAGUAAUUUGUUAUAUUACAACAGGUUAGCAUAGUCCAAUUUUAUAAAAACAUUGUAAAGUGAGAUAUAAUUUUCGCUUUACCAUGUUUUCUCCGUGUACGUCUACAAGCGACGAAUCGAUUGUCGCUAUUGCGACACGCGGCGUCUAUUAGACUCGGAGUUAUCGAUAGACUGAUUUUCCUCGCAAAAUUCGCACUCGCAUCUCCAUGUCAAUUUACGCAGCCGUCAUGUCCGAGAGAAAUCGUGGCUCGAAAUGUGUAUAAUCAAUCACCAGAGAGAUCUGUUGUGUUUUUAUCCCCGAGGAAUAGCGUUGACGUUACGCCGCGCUCAGAACGUGUGUACGCGGUGCCAUUUUUCACCGCUCCUGGCUAGGAUAUCCUUCUCGAGAAUUUUUAUCGUAAAAAAACGAGCGACCCAUUCACCGUGCGGGAAUGCCCCGGGGAUAACCGCUCAAUUUCAAGCUGCACGCGUUAACGUUGCGUUCGAACACGCGUCGCCGUGAUUGAGAACGAUGUGAAAUAUAAAACUCGCCGUAACGCGCACGCUGUGAUCGACGGUGCGCUGCUUCAAUUUUGCAUCAUUUCGAUCUCGUGAGAUUUUCGUCAACGAAAAAUUCGGAUCACAUCAUAAUCGGAUCAGUCUCGGGACAUUCUGUAUCAUAUUCGCGCUAAAUGAUGAAAGUAUGUUCGCACACACAAUCACACGAGAGAGUUACUCUAGUGAAGUCUAUCAAUUUCGGCUGUAUCAUCCAUUCUUAAGGUGACCAGACGUCCCGAUUUUUCACCCUUUGUCCCGAAUUUUUUCGAGUGCUAUUCGGGAUACCGAUUUAUCAUUAUUUUCAAUGAUUGUCAAAUAAUUUUCGGAUUUUUUUAGCCCCCUCCCCCCGCUUUACACAUUUAUAAAGUGUCCCGAAUUUAUAAAGUGUUCAGGGUUGGGAAAUCUGGUCAUCUAACAUGUACCGCGAGGAGAAACGAGAAGAUUACUUACAAAUGACGUCUUCACGAUACGCCCCGGUGAUCGCACAUCGCUAUU